AUGGCGCGCAAGCCGUUUUCGCUCACCUACGUGACCUACGAGGAGGGCGACAGCGUGGGCCUCGUCUGUGCUCUGCUGGCUCUGGCUCCCGUCUUCAUCAUCGUCGCCUACGCGACGCUGCUCGUGAGUCGGCGGGAGCUGCACGUGUUCUAUAUCCUCGCGGGCCAGCUCGCGAACGGCGCGCUCAACGGGCUCCUCAAGGCCUACUUCGACGCGCCGCGGCCCGAGGGCGCGGACCGAGCCGGCCCGGGCUUCCCGUCGGACCACGCGCAGUUCAUGGGCUUCUGGGCCGCCUACGCGGCGCUCUUUUUGAUCUUAUACGUGCCGCGCGUCGGCCGGCCCUACUGGCGCGAGCUGCUCGGCGCCGCGGUCGUCGCGCUCGCGGCCGCCGUCGCCGGGAGCCGCGUCUACCUGGGCUACCACAGCGCGGACCAGGUCUGCGCGGGCCUGGGCUUCGGCAGCGUCUUCGCCGCGGGCUGGAUCGAGGCGUACGGUCGCUUGCUCCGGCCGCGGCUCGGGGGCUGGGUGAGGAACUCGCCCGUGUGCCGCUACCUCCUCGUCCGCGACUGCGCGCACGUGGCCGACGUGCUCCGGGUCGACUACGACGCGGCCAUGCGGCGCCUCGGCUCCUCGUCGCCGCGUAAGAAGCGGUCCUAG